AAUUAAUGAUUGAUUUAACCUAAUCAUUGUGAAACCAAACCACUAGUGUACAAAACCAGAGUCAUUGACUCACGACGGCCGAAAAAUGGUAGCCACAAUCUGGCGCCGAGCCGCGCCGCAUCUCAGCCGUGCAUCACUUUCACGUGCUGCCUGCUCUAUAUUAACCAACCGCUCCCACAAUUUCUCAACUACCACUCAAACACCAUCUCCCUCCCCCGCCACCAACGCCGCCGCUGCCGCGAAAAUGGAGGCGAUCGGUGUUCUGAUGAUGUGCCCCAUGAACAGCUACUUGGAGCAAGAGCUCGACAAGCGGUUCAAGCUCUUCCGCUACUGGACCCAGCCGAAGCAGCGGGAAUUCCUCGCUCAGCAGGCCGAGUCGAUCCGCGCGAUUGUCGGGAACGCCACCUACGGCGCCGACGCCGAUAUCAUCGACUCACUGCCGAAAUUGGAGAUAGUUUCGAGCUUCAGCGUGGGAUUGGACAGAAUCGACUUGCUCCAGUGUAAGGAAAAGGGGAUUAGGGUUACCAACACGCCCGAUGUGCUGACGGAAGACGUCGCGGAUUUGGCGAUCGGGUUGAUGCUGGCGGUUCUGAGGCGGAUUUGCGAGUGCGACAAGUAUGUGAGGAGCGGGGCGUGGAAAUUAGGAGACUUCAAGUUGACUACUAAGUUCAGUGGCAAAAGAGUUGGCAUCAUAGGAUUGGGCAGAAUCGGGUUAGCAAUUGCUGAGCGAGCAGAGGCAUUCGAUUGUCCCAUCAAUUACUACUCAAGAUCCAAGAAAGCCAACACAAACUACACGUACUAUGGCAGCGUUGUUGAAUUGGCAUCAAACAGCGACAUCCUAGUGGUAGCAUGUGCCCUGACUCCAGAAACAACCCACAUUGUGAACCGGGAAGUAAUGGAUGCACUGGGUCCGAAGGGAGUUCUGAUCAACGUUGGACGGGGACCCCAUGUUGAUGAGGCCGAACUGGUGUCAGCUCUUGUGGAGGGUCGUCUGGGUGGCGCUGGACUUGAUGUCUUUGAAAAGGAACCCGAGGUGCCCGAGCAACUGUUUGGCCUCGAAAACGUAGUUCUGUUGCCACAUGUGGGGAGCGGCACCGUGGAAACGCGUAAAGUCAUGGCUGACCUUGUUCUGGGAAAUUUGGAAGCUCACUUUUCCAGCAAGCCUCUGUUAACACCUGUGGUUUGAUAACUCUUUGAAAGCCGUUGAUCCCAUCUAUUGAGAGGCACGCAUGUUUGGUAUCCUCAGUCAGCGAUGAAUUCAUAUUUUGGGUCUUGUUAAUUGUUUCAUUCAAAUAAAAAAAACAUCAAUUAUCAUUCU